UCAAUCUAGCUUUUGGAUAUGUCACAAAAUAAUCUAUCUGGCGAAAUUCCCAAAUCCUUGGAGGCACUUAUGCAUCUCACUUACUUAAACUUGUCGUUCAAUAGUCUACAAGGAGAAAUCCCAAGUGGGGGAAACUUCAGUAACUUCUCUGCUUCAUCAUUUAUGCAUAAUAAAGAUUUAUGUGGCGCUCCAAACCUGGAAGUCUUAUCAUGCAGAAGAAAACUUCAUGAGUCGAGAGAUUUGUCUUUUCUCAAGUAUAUAUUACCCAUCAUUGCCUCAACAAUAGGGUUAGCAGUCGCUGUAUGUUUAUUGAAAACACGCAGAAAACGUACCCAAACAAAUGUGGAGCCAUUGUCACUUCAUGAAUGGACAAGAGUGUCAUAUUAUGAACUUGUAAAGGCAACAGAAUCAUUUGACGAAAGCAACUUGAUUGGGAAUGGCGCGUAUGGCUCAGUUUUUAAAGGGAAGCUUUCAAAUGGGGUAGAUGUUGCUGUGAAGGUUUUUAAUAUGCCAUCAGAAUGUGCAGUAAAAAGUUUUGAUGUUGAGUGUGAGGUGCAACGUAAUAUUCGUCAUAGGAAUCUUGUUAGAAUCAUUAGCAGUUGCACUAACUUGGAUUUUAGAGGCUUAGUUAUAGAAUACAUGCCGAACGGAAGCCUUGAACAGUGGCUGUAUGCACAUAAUAAUCAUAUGAGUCUUGUACAACGACUUCAAGUAAUGAUAGACGUUGCAUCGGCCUUAGAAUAUCUACAUCAUGGUCAGUCUACGCCUAUUUUUCAUUGUGAUUUGAAGCCUAGCAAUAUCCUCCUUGAUGAAAAUAUGCACGCCCAUGUUUGUGGUUUCGGUAUAGCCAAACUUUUUGGUGAAGAUGAGGUUAUGCUAAGAACUGCAACUUUAGGAACAAUAGGAUACAUGGCACCAGAAUAUGGGAUGGAAGGAGUAGUAUCAACUGGGAGCGAUGUCUAUAGUUUUGGCAUUCUAGUACUGGAAACAUUCACAGGGAAGAAACCCACUGAAGAAAUGUUUAGUGGCGAGGUAAGCUUGCGAGGCUGGGUUCUUGAAGCAGCAGUUGUUGGCAACAUUCACAUGUGUGGAUGUGUUUGGUUAUUUUCAUAUAAAAAAAAAGAGUCGAUAUAUAUAUAUAGUAGCUACGAUAUGAAUAUCUAAGCAUAACUCAAACGAAAUGGCAAACUGUUUCAUUCAGAAAUGAUCGAGUUACAAUGUGAAAUGCAAUAAUUUACAGGGAAAUAAACAAGAUCUCAAAGCCUUAAUCAAAA